GAUGGGGGAGGCGGGGCCACUGCCGCCUCCUCGUCAACAUCCGUGGGCAGCAGCCGUGACUCCAGUGCAGACGCGAGAGCGUCAGCCACAGCGAAAGACGGCGGCGUCGCUCAGGCGGACGCCACGGCCAGGGCCACUGACAAAGGAGACGCGAAGUCGUCGGCCACCGCGGUGGCCUCAGGCGCCGAAGAGGCGAAAGCGGGCGCCGAUGCGUAUGCGGGAGGCAUGAGCUGCCACGACAUUGCCAACAGGGCGUCCGUCAUCGUCUCCUCGACUGGAGGGGAGGCGUCCGGGGAAGCCCACUCGUUCGCAAUGGCUGUGUCCCAUGCCGAGAGCGCCAUCGCAGUUGCAAUCAGCGAGGGGCUCCGCGCAGCCAAGAGCAGGUCACACGGCCCCCGCUGGGCGCGCGCGGACGUGGAAGCCACAUCGAUGGCCGUAGCGCGCAUCUACUUGGAGGCCUACGCCCAGGCCGGCGUCAUGGUGCGCGUGGAGGGACAAGGGAAGGCGACGGGGAACGCCCAGGCGUGUGCCGAGACGAUGGACCACGUCGUGGCAGAGGCGGUGGCCAUCGCGUUCGCAGAAGCUGCGACGUACGAGAACGAGGCGCGUGCCCUGGCGCUGGGCCGCGCGCUCGUUUUAGCCUUCGCCAAGGCCAGGGCCACGGCGCACAGCAGCGCGACCACCAGCGGAGGGUCGGCGGAAGCACACCAGACGUCCGUUGCCGCCGUUGUGGCCCAAGCCAUCGCUGCCGCAGUGGCCAAGGGCUACGCCAUUGUGUUCGGAGGUAAGCAGGUCUGGUGGGCACAUGGCGUGUAA